GCUGAGCUGAAGUCCCCAGCUUUACAGACUGAGCCACCCAGGCGCCCCAGUUUUUCAAGUUCUAAAUCAAAUGACUGUUCCUAGAUAAAGUCUUAAGUGACUUUGGGGGGUAUGUUGUUUUUUCUCUUUUAUACUUUUAUAUCCCAACAACGUAUUCUAUCCAUGUAAGGUGCUUUAUUUUUCCCAUUCAGACUUCUAUGGGGAAACUGUUUUAUGUUCAUCAGAAUUCCCAAUCAUGAAGAAGUUGAAUGAUUGAAAUGGUUAUUGAGUAAACAGUUACUGAGAAUCACUGGGUGUAAGGAAAGAAGGGGAACUAGCAUUUGUGAAUGGUCUUUGUAUGAUAAAUAUGGUGCUGACUGCUUUGCAAUGUUUAAUGCUCAUUAGGGCCCUAUUAUAAACGGUUGGGCAGUCUUUGGCAGAUCACUUUCUCUUGAGGCUUAUUUGACAUAAAUAACUGAUGUCAUUCUUAUUUCCAUCUUUUUUCUGAGAGCAGAUCCUGGGUUUAGUUGGGGUAGAUAUCAUGUUUCCACAGCAACAAUAAGUCCUUUAAGAGUAGAGAGGGACAGGAAGUGCACUUUGCCCUUCCGGUUUGCGCCGGAGAGUUCAGCAACCCGGAAGUGACGCUACCCGGUUGCACAUGGCCGCGUCCCGUAAGGAUGCCGCUCGUAGUGUUUUGCGGGCUGCCAUACAGCGGCAAGAGCCGGCGGGCGGAGGAGCUCCGUGGGGCGUUAGCGGCCGAUGGUCGCGCGGUGUACGUAGUGGAUGACGCGUUGGUGCUGGGUACGGAGGACGCGACGGUGUAUGGCGAUUCGGCCCGUGAGAAGGCGUUGCGCGGGGCCUUGCGAGCCGCAGUGGAGCGGCGCCUCAGUCGCCACGAUGUAGUCAUCCUCGACUCGCUUAACUACAUCAAGGGCUUCCGCUACGAGCUCUACUGCCUGGCGCGGGCGGCGCGCACUCCGCUCUGUCUGGUAUAUUGCGUACGGCCGGGCGGUCUGAGCGGGGGACCUCGGGUGGCUGAUGCGGUGGACCACCGAGGCCUGAACCUCAGUGUGAGUUGGAGGCCGCGCACUGAGGAAAGAGGGAGACCUCUGGCGGUGGGCACUCCUGUCCUCAGGGAACCACAAGCAGUGGACUCUGUAGCAAGCGGGAGAACCCAAGCAGUUGUACCUAAGGAACUGGAGCCGGAGGAAACCGGGGUGCCAGAUCUUCCAGCUCCUGUGACUUCAGAAUUUGAUACAUGUGAAAAGCGUAUGGUCAGUACCUUUUACUCUCCUGAACUUAUGGAGGCCCUAACGCUGCGCUUUGAGGCUCCCGACUCUCGGAACCGCUGGGACCGACCCCUGUUCACCUUGGUGGGCUUAGAGGAGCCAUUACCCCUGGCAGAGAUACGGGCUGCCUUGUUUGAGAACCAGGCUCCCCCACCCCAUCAGUCUACACAGUCCCAGCCCCUUGCCUCCGGCAGCUUUCUGCACCAGUUGGAUCAGGUCACCAGCCAGGUGUUGGCAGGACUGAUGGAAGCUCAGAAGCGCGCGGUCCCUGGAGACUUGCUUAAGCUUCCUGGCACCACGGAGCACCUGCAGUUUACCCGGCCUUUGACCAUGGCAGAACUGAGUCGCCUCCGUCGCCAGUUUAUUUCCUACACCAAAAUGCAUCCCAACAAUGAGAACCUGCCUCAGCUGGCCAACAUGUUUCUGCAGUAUCUGAGCCAGAGCCUGCACUAAACAGAGGAGGUGUGGGGGGAAAGCCCUGGCUCCUUGUCUAACCUCCACUGCUCUCUGUGUUUCUUGAUAAAGUAAUCUGAAGGUCUACAGAGCAUGUUGAUGUGUCGUACUACAGCUGUUGUGACUGAUUUUACUCACGUUUUCCUCUGAGUGCCUCUGUUGUGACAGGCCUUGAGCUACAGCAUAAAUUGAGACUAGAGAAAAUGGAGAACUGGCUUGGAGGAUCUUGGCAAUUUUCUCCAGGACAGAGCUCAGGUGGACAGGAUUUGUUUAGAUUGGGUUCUACCUGUGGUGUCACACACCCAGGAUUUCCCCCAUCUGAAUUGUAGGAGAGCAGACUGGAUGGAUGAAUUUUUUU